GGCGGCGGCCGUUGCUAGGGGGAGUCCCGGCGCGUGACGGUGACGGUUGCUCCGCCGCGAUGGCCUCCAGCGGGGAGGAACCGAGGAACGGUUCCCCGGACCGGUCAGGGACCGGCACCGAGCCGUCACCGACGGCCGACGCCGCUCAGCUGGACACGGCGGAGGAUUUUGAGGUCCUGGAAGAGGAGGAGGAGGAGGAGGAGGAGGACCUGAGCGAGCUGCCCCCGCUGGAGGACGUGGGCAGGCCACUGGCCCCGCCGCGGGAGGACACCCAGCCCUCAGAGCAGGGACAGGGGGAAGCGGCUGAGGACCCCCAGGAGUGGCUCGAUGUUUUGGGGAGCGGCUUGCUCAAGAAGAAGACGCUGGUGCCGGGCCAGGGGGUGGACACCCGUCCCCGUAAGGGCCAGGACGUGACCGUCCGCCUGAAGGCCACGCUGGAGGAUGGCAGCGUGGUGGAGGAGAACCCUGCCCUCACCUUCACGCUCGGGGACUGUGACGUCUUGCAGGCUCUGGACCUGUGCGUGCAGCUCCUGGAAAUGGGGGAGACGGCUUUGAUUGUGGCAGAUGCAAAGUACUGCUAUGGCGCUCAGGGCAGGAGCCCUGACAUCCCACCCAAUGCGGCCCUCACCCUGGAGGUGGAGCUGCUGGCGGCUCAGGACACGCCAGACCUGGAACUGCUCAGCGGGAAGGAGAAGAUAGAGCUGGCCAACCGCAAGCGGGAGCGUGGCAACUUCUUCUACCAGCAGGCAGAUUACGUGCUGGCCAUCAACUCCUACGACAUCGCCCUCAAGAUCAUCAGCUCCAGCUCGAAAGUUGACUUCAGCCCAGAUGAGGAGGCUGAGCUGCUGGACGUGAAGGUGAAAUGUCUCAACAACCUGGCAGCCUCUCAGCUUAAAUUGGACCAUUACGAGGCGGCCCUCAAGUCCUGUAACCUCGUCCUGGAGCACCAGCCGGGGAACAUCAAGGCUCUCUUCCGAAAGGGCAAGGUCCUGGCUCAGCAGGGUGAAUACAGGGAGGCCAUCCCCAUCUUAAAGGCAGCGCUGAAGCUGGAGCCUUCAAACAAGACCAUCCAUGCUGAGCUCUCCAAGCUGGUGAAGAAGCACGCGGACCAGAAGAAUGUGGAGACGGAGAUGUACAGGAAGAUGCUCGGGAAUCCCAGCGCUGCCGGCACCCCAGGAAAGUGCAAAGACAAGCUGCCCUGGUCCAUCCCCUGGAAGUGGCUCUUCGGUGCAACAGCCAUCGCGCUCGGCGGCGUGGCCUUGUCUGUGGUCAUCGCGGCGAGGAACUAAGGAUGGCGGCGGGGCGGCCCUGCGGCACAGGACCUGCACCGGGACGUGCCUCUCUCCUGCCAAGGGGCUACCCUGGGGCUCCGCCGACCCCUUCCCGAGGACUCAAAGUUGCAGAAACACAGAUGCUUUCUCUGCUGGAGGCGCCAGAUCCCCCUCCUUGAUGUCCCCCCGUAUCCCUCCUGGCGCAGGCAGGAUGCAGCUGCAGGGAUGGAGCCGCAGGCAGAGCAGAGACCCCCGAGCACCCUCCCGACAAUCAGGGGCUCAGCCCCCAGCCCCGAGUAUGUCGGGGGGAGGGGGAGCUCCUGCACACCAGUAUGCCGUGGCUGUCCCCAGCCUGGUGAGCCCCAGCAAGCACCAUGGUCCUGCCGACAUGGUGAGACGGGCAGGGGGGAGGCACGUGGAAGGAAGCUGCGUGGGUAUGAACUGGCACGGUGAUUUCUCUGGCUGGGCCCAACUACUGGAAGGGAAGCGGUGCAAACGUACCCAGAGGCAUGUGCAGCGAGAUUCCCUGCGUCCUGGGGGGCUGCCAGCAGCUCAGCCCUCCCACAGGCACCCGCUCCCCUCCUCGGCACUUCCCCAGAGCGUGCAAUGUCCAAAGGAAGCCAAAGAAACCUGCGGUGGGAGGGGAGCGCUGGAGACCUCCUUUCCAGGCUGUCUCUUGUAGGUGCAAGCUCUCGGGGGUCCCUUUUUGCCCUGCAGCUCUCUCCAGCCCGGGGUUGUCCCCAGGGUCUGCCGCUGUCCCAGUCUCAGCUCUGCUCACGGAGGCGGGGGGUUGUAGCACUGUC